AUGGAGAUGCAGACUGCAAAAGCCGUACUCCAGCACACUUGGAUCACACCACAGCACACAGACCACAGCCAUACGUGCCCGGUUCUUGAUUGGGCCGAGCUCGUGAUCGCCGACGCCGCGGUGGCGCUCGCCGACGUCGACUUCGCGGACGCCGACCGCUCGCUCGGGAACAUCCCGGUGCCCUUCGAGCUUGGCCUCGCGCUGUCGCUGCAGCUCGUGCGGUUCGCGUGUGGCGGCUUCGCGCUCUCGUGGGGGACCAACCACCUGCUGGUGGACGGCCACGGCCUGACGGCGCAGCAGGCCGCGUGGGCGGAGCUGCUGCGCACCGGCGGCGCCUCGUGGGAGCCCCACCACGGUCGUGCCUCACUCUUCCGGCCGCGCUCGCCGCCGCGGCGCCCGCACAGCCCAGUCACUGGACGCCGAGUUCAUGCGGCCCUGUCCGCGCACGUCUGGAAGCUGCUCGCCGCGGCCAUCGGCGGCUCCGACACGCACUGCCGCCUCGCGUGGCUCGUCGACGGCCGGCCGCGCCUCGGCCCCGCCCGGUACGACAGGGACACGCUGAGACGCUACGUCGGUAACGUGGUCACGUACGCGUCGAGGGAGGCCGCCGUGGACGCUAUCUCCUCGUCCCCACUGGCCGACGUGGCGGCGAUGGCGCGCGCAGCCAUCGCGGAGGUGUUCCGGCCGGAGCGGUUCGACGAGCUGGUGGACUGGAUGGAGGUGCGCAAGGGGGUGUUCCGAGAUGGUGGCAAGUGGACGGAGGCGGUGGGCGCCGGCACGGGGAGCCCCGCGCAGGUGCUGUCGGCGUUCGUGGCGUUCCGGGUGGACGGGGACUUCGGGUUCGGGCGGCCGCGGCUGGUGAUGCCGUGGGUGCGGCCGGGACAGCUGGGGUCGGCGGCCAUGAUGGUGGCGCGGAGCCCGGAGGAGGACGGGUCGUGGGUGGUGUACGCCAGGAUGUGGCCGCGCCUGUCCGACGCCGUGGAGGCCGACCCGGAGGCUGUGCUCAAGCCGGCCACCGCCGCGCGGCUCGGGUUCAGCGUGACGCAUACCCAUUUCAUUGAGCCGGCGAUCACGGUGAAGCACGCGAGCCGACUGUGA